AUGGAAAAAUACUCUGAAGAAAUUGAAGAAGAAGAAGAAGAAAUUUCUGUACAAGAAAUGCAUUUUAAAAAUAUAAAUAAACUUCAUUAAUCAAAAGAGGCUCACUCGAAAAAAGAAAAGGCCAAUAUUAUUGAAAGCAAUCCUUUUACAAAUAGCACAUGCGUACCUGAAAACCAAAAACCAAUAAAUUUUAUUUGGUAUUAAAAUCGUUUUGAUACAAAUUAAGAAGCUAUGGAUAUCCUAGAGCAGUACUAGGAUAAAAAUAUAGCAUUUGUAUCUAUUUUUGGAAGAAAAUAAAGCGGGAAAACCACAUUAGUGAACAAACUUUUAGAUGUCGAUAAGGGGUGUUAUUUGGGUGGUAAGAGAUAGUAAUGA